AUGGAGCUGGAGCCGGCAGACGCGCCGCCCAGGGGCCCUGACCCCUUCAACGCGGCCGAAGAAGUGGUGGACAGAGUGCUGCGCCACGUCCAGCGGCUGCAGUCCUCCGCCCAGGCGGGGGACGCCGACGCCGCGCGCCGCCUGCCGGCGGCGCUCGCGUCCCUGGAAGACCAACUCUCGGCCCUCGACGCCGCAGUGGCCCAGAUGGCCCGCGCCCCCGAGCGCUUCGGCCUGCCGCCCUCCACCGUGCGCCGGCGGCGGGAGCUCGUCGAAGCGCUGCGACUGGAGGCGGCGGCGGUCGCGCGCGCGGCGUCCGGCGGCGCCGCCGCGACCAGCGUGGCUGGCGACGGCGGCGGCGCGGCCGGCCGCGCUGGCGGGGGCAGGGAAGCGAGUGGGUCUGAGGAGUUUCAGGACGUUGACCUGGGUGCUGCCGGCAGUGGGCGGCUGAACGGCGGCACAGACACGGCAAAGGCCUCCCGGUGGUACUCAGACCACAUCAGCGCAGCCAAGCAGCCGCAGCGGCAACCCCCGCCGUCGCCGCCCUACUCUUUCAAUACGCGCACCGCCGUCCCCUCGAACCCUGCGGCCGCCGCGCGGCGCGGCGGCGACCAGGGCUCCGGCGGCGGCGGCCGCGGCGGCGGCGCUUACGGCAGUGGCAGCAGCGGCUACGGCGGCGGCGGGAGCGGGCGCGCAUACGGCGGCGGGGGCGGGGCGGGCGACGAGGAGGGGUACUUGCAUCAGGAGAUGCAGCGGCACAUGAUGCGGGAGCAGGAUGAGAUGCUUGGGGACAUCGAGAUGCAGGUCGGCCGGUGA